AUGACAAAUAUUCAUGAUAAUACUAAUAAUAAUAAUGAAGAAAAUCUCAUUUAUGAUAAUGAUGGUUUUUUAUUAUUGAUGGAAAAAGCUCAAUCAAAUCUUUCGUUAUUUAAUGUUAGUUAUGAUUCACUUAUUUUCAAUGAAAAUGAUGAUUUCAAUCAAAAAUCAAGACAAACAUUGAAUACAAUAAAACAUUAUAAUAGUUCCAUGGAUAUUCAUGUAGACAUUAAAAAAUCUAAUCAUCGUUUAACAAUGACUUUUUCAGAAGACAUUUUUUCUUCACAAACAAAAACUUUACAAAGAUGGAAAGGACAUGAAUUAUUAAAUACAUGUGCUUAA